CAACGAGCUGACGUCAGCCCAACGUGACCGGAAGUCGCUCAGUCAUCUGAGCAGCAACAACGUCUGCAGCUCUGACGUUCAAAGAUGGCGUACCCUAAAACUCACAACCCGUUUGCAGAUGAUGACGAUGAGGAAGACUUUAAGCCUAAAAGACGGGGCUUCGAUGAUGAACCCAGUGACAGUGGGCUGAGUGAACCAGAGCGGAGGCAGCGAUACCUCCAACAGGAAGUGAUGCGUACAGCUCAGUCUGCUGUGGACAGCAGUCACCGCUCCCUCAGCCUCAUCCACGAAUCUGAGAAGAUGGGGGUGGAAACUGCAGAGGAGCUGAUGCGACAGGGUGAGGCUCUGAAGAGGACAAACAAGAUGUUGGACAACAUGGAUCAGGACCUGAAAACCAGCCAGACGCACAUUAGCAGUAUAAAGAGUGUAUGGGGCGGCCUCGUCAAUUACUUCAAGGCUAAGCCAGAGACAAAGCCCCCACCUGAGCAGCCUAAGCCCUAUCAGCCCAGUGAAAAAUUAGAGAACGCCUUGUCCGGCAGCAGAGAUGUUGAUGAAAGGUAUCAAGCCAGCCACCCUAACCUAAGAAAUACAGCAGGAUUCGGAGCUUCAGGAGAUGCCAGCUCAUCUCAACAGAACGGUCACCCUCAGAAUCGACACCUUAGGGAGGCACACAAGACCCUCGACAACAAUUUAGAUGAUAUGUCGGAUGGCUUGAGAAGACUGAAGAACCUUGGGCUUGGACUACAGAGUGAGAUUGAGGACCAGGACGACUCCAUUGAUUCUCUGCUUAAUAAAGUGGACAAGAUGGACAGCAAGAUCAUCAACACGAACCAACAGCUUAAAAACCUUAAAUAAAACACUCUGACUCACCCUACAGAAACAAGAACAAGUCAAAAUCCUCGCUUUUCCAUCUUGGCCUUUGUUGAAUACACUUGUUCUUUGAUUCAGUCUUUUUUAAUGUACUGGAAUAUGUAACUAGCAGGUAAAUAAGUGGACAUAUUUUUAUUCACAUCAAUUUCUUAUUGAGUGACAUUCCCUUUUCUUUUUGGAUUUGUUCAUGAAUCUAAGAUUGACUAGUUCCUCCCACCACAGAUUUUAUUCUUUGAUGUUUGUCCUGUGCACACUGGCACAUGCCUCCUGGAAUCAUCCUUAAAAUGUGAUUCAUUUACUUCUUUGCUAUGAAGGGAAGACUAUAUCAUGUGUUUAUUGGAUGUUAAGCAGCGUCUGUGUGCUGGCAAAAUCUGAUUAAGCUCCACUGCCUUUCUGUCUCAGUGUUGUCAGCUGACUUUUCACAUAAGAGUGUCAGGUUGAUAAGGAUGUGUGUGUAUGAUUCACAUCCUGGACCUGCCAUCACAUUUGUAGAAAAAUGCUUUGCAAGACUUGGUCGUUCACCUUUGCCUUACAGGUCAAAUGUAUGUCCAGUAGAAUAGCUGUUGGUGCUGUGCCAUCAUUCUGUCUCCACUGCUACGUCUAGUUAGUUUCUCUUUUUAAAUUCUUCAGUAUGAUUUAGUGUUUUUUGUUUGAGUUAUUUUCAUGUCCACAUGUGCUUUCAAUAGCUUUGUGUAAAAUGUUUGAAUUGAUAUACUCUAUAUCACAACAAAUCCUGCAGAAUGUGAUAGAUUUAAUUGAGUAUAUAGCCUGAAGAGGUAGCUUUAAGUUAAAAGCUCUAGAACCUGAUGGAAUAUACAAUAUAUUAAAAAUAUAAAUGGUACCAAGGGUAAAAGGUCACAGUUGAUGAACUAAAUGAACAUUUAUUCAGAUAAAACUAUGAAGAAUAAGAAAAUAAAUGAGGAUUCAUGGUGA